UGGGACAACAGCCCUUUAAGAGUCAGGUGUGGGUCAAGCACAGAACACAGUUUCAGUUUUGGCAGCAGUAACCAGUGCCUUGUUGAACGCUUCUAGAAAGGAAGGGGCACCCACUGGCUGGCAGUCUGUGCCCCGAAACUGGAUCAUCUGGAGAGAAGGAAGCAGUAAAAGAAUCUCACACAAGAAGACGACCUGAAUGGCACAACCCCCUUGGAAGCCACCAGAAAUGAGGCUCUUCUUGUUCACCAUCCUGCUAGCUGUCUUCCCAGUGGUCUCCACAAAAAGCCCUAUAUUUGGCCCCCAGGAUGUGAGCAGUAUGGAAGGUAACUCGGUCUCCAUCACAUGCUACUACCCAGACACUUCUGUCAACCGGCACACCCGGAAAUACUGGUGCCGGCAAGGACCCAGUGGCUACUGCACAACCCUCAUCUCUUCAAAUGGCUACAUCUCCAAGGAGUAUUCAGGCAGAGCCAAACUCAUCAACUUCCCAGAGAACAGCACAUUUGUGAUUAACAUUGCAGAGCUCACCCUGGAUGACACUGGGAGCUACAAGUGUGGUCUGGGCACCACUAACCGAGGCCUGUUCUUUGAUAUCAGCCUGGAGGUCAGCCAGGCUCCUGAGCUUCCAGGUGACACUCAUGUCUACACAAGUGAAGUGGGCAGAAAUGUGACCAUCGACUGCCCUUUCCGACAGCCAAACUCUCACAAGAAAUCGUUGUGUAAGAAGAUAGGCCAGGCCUGCGAACUUGUUGUUGACUCUACUGGGAACGUAAACACCAACUAUAAGGACAGAGCAAAACUUUUUAUGAAAGGGACCAACCAGGUAAUAUUCAGUGUCAGCAUUAGUCACCUCAGACACAGUGAUGCUGGCCUGUAUGUUUGCCAGGCUGGGGAAGACUCUAGUGCCGAUAAAAAGAAUGUUGACCUCCAGGUGCUAGAGCCUGAGCCAGAGCUGGUUUAUAAAGACCUGAGGUCCUCAGUGACUUUUGAAUGUGCCUUGGGCCGUGAGGUGGCCAGUGAGAACAAAUACCUGUGCCGGAAGAAUAAGGAAGCCUGUGAUGUGAUCAUCAACACCCUGGGGAAGAGGGAUCCGGCCUUUGAGGGCAGGAUCCUGAUAACGCAAAUGGAUGACAAUGGCCAUUUCAGUGUGUUGAUCACAGGUCUGAGGAAGGAAGACGCAGGGCAGUACCUGUGUGGAGCCCACAGUUCUGGUCUGCCUCAAGAAGGCUGGCCCAUCCAGGUUUGGCAACUCUUUGUCAAUGAAGAGUCCAUUAUUCCCCCUGUUCGCUCUGUUGUGAAGGGUGUCACAGGAGGCUCUGUGGCCAUUGUCUGUCCCUACAACCCCAAGGAAAGCAGCAGCCUCAAGUACUGGUGUCGCUGGGAAGCAGAUGGAAAUGGACACUGCCCGAUGCUUGUGGAGAGCCAGGGGCUGGUGCAAGAACAGUAUGAGGGCCGACUGGCACUGUUUGAUCAGCUAGGCAAUGGCACCUACACUGUCAUCCUCAACCAGCUCACCACCCAGGAUGCUGGCUUCUAUUGGUGUCUCACCAAUGGUGACUCUCGCUGGAGAACCACAAUAGAACUCCAGGUUGCUGAAGCUACAAGGAAACCAGACCUCGAGGUAACACCACAGGACGUGACUGCUACACUAGGAGAAACACUCACUCUCUCCUGCCACUAUCCAUGCAAGUUCUACUCCCAUGAGAAAUACUGGUGCAAGUGGAGCAACAAGGGCUGCCACACCCUGCCUAGCAAUGACGAAGCUGCCCGCCAGCCCUCUGUCAGCUGUGACAAGAGCAGCCAGCUCAUCUCCAUGACCCUGAACCCAGUCAAGAAGGAAGAUGAAGGCUGGUACUGGUGUGGGGUGAAACAAGGUCAGGCCUAUGGAGAAACUACAGCCAUCUAUGUAGCAGUUGAAGAAAGGACAGAGGGGUCACACAAUGUCAGCCCGACAGAUGCUAAUGCACGAGCAAACGUUGCUCCAGAAGAAGAGGUCACCGAACCCAGGGUCAACGAGAAUGAGAACAAAGCCAUUCUGAACCCCAGGCCUUCUGCAGAGGAAAGAGGAGUAGAGAAUGUGGGAGACCAAGCUCCUGAGAACAGAGCAUCUGUGGAUGCUGGCAGUGCUGAUGGACAAAAAGGGAGCUCCAAAGUGCUGUUCUCCACCCUGGUGCCCCUGGGCCUGGUGCUGGCAGUGGGUGCUCUGGCUGUGUGGGUGGCAAGAGUCCGACACAGGAAAAAUGUAGAUCGGAUGUCGAUCAGCAGCUAUAGGACAGACAUUAGCAUGGCAGACUUCAGGAACUCCAGGGAUUUUGGGGGCAAUGACAACAAGGGGAUCUCUAUAGACACUCAGGAAACAGUUCUCGAAGGAAAAAAUGAGAUUGUGACUACCACUGAGACUGCCACCGAGCCAGAAGAAUCCAAGAAAGCAAAGAGGUCAUCCAAGGAGGAAGCUGACCUGGCCUACUCAGCAUUCCUGCUCCAGUCCAGCAACAUAGUUGCACAGGUCCACGAUGGUCCCAAGGAAGCCUAGGCAGUACUGACUGCCUUCCCCUGCCUGUGACAAUCACAUCAAGAAUCACACUGAUCUGUUCACAGCCUGCACUUACCCAUCACCUAGGCUUUUCCCUCCUGUUCUCAGAGGUGUACUGGUCCCUUCCUCAGUCAUCCAAGCCUGUCCUAAUUGUGUCCAUAUAGGAGAAGGUGUGAGGAGUUCUGACCUGCAGUUUUUCUGUGAAAGAUUAAGGUAGAAUAAGGAGCCAAACCUGAGAGACAUCUCUGAGAAAAGAGGGUUGAGAGUAGAAGCUCAUCUCAGGAGGGAGAGCCAAUUGAAGCCUCUUUAUACCCAUAUGAUGGGAUGUCAGUGCAACUCUUCUCUCCUCCAUCUCUUCUUUCCUCUCGUCUUGAUUCAAAAAACACAGCUGAAUCCAGGUGCCUACUAAAUGCUGAGAGGCAGGCCAUAACCUUUCUAUAAACAGCACCGGAAAAGACACCAUCUCCUCCCAGGUUCUGUCUUUUCACUAACACAUAACAUCAAUACUAGGCAUACUUCCUGCCUCUGUACCUCAUAAGCAACAUAAGAAACUCUUGUAGUCUUAGGCAUAUGCAAGCCAUAAGGAUACCAUUCCCAGAUGGGAAGAGAUUUUCUCUGGAGCACCCAGUGAGAUAAACCAGUGUCAAACCAGAUUUGGCUACUCCUGGCUCUUGGCCUGGGAUUUAUCUUUAAGAUCUCUGCUGUUAUUAGAGGGAGAACUUUAGCAUGAUGAGAAGUGAGAGGAAAUGAGUUAAAUGGGCAUGGUGGUGUGCAUCUGCAAUCCCAGUAUUCAAGAGGUAGAAAUAGGAUCAGCAACUCAAAGCCAUUCUUGGCUACGUAAGGAAUUUGAGGCCAGCCUGGGAUACAUGAGACCUUGUUUCAAAGCAUAAGGAGGAGGAGAAGAGGGAGGAGGUGGAGCUUUCCCUGGUCUCUUCUCUCCCCUUCCUGUCAUUCAUGUGAACCUCAGAUAAGGGAACAGAUACUCUCAACCUUUUGUAUUUGGAGAGUUUUGAGCAUACAGGAAGAAGAUGGAGCCUGGGAGCAGCGAUUAAGACUGUUUCUGAGCUCUGCACAUCAACCAGCACCUACAGGCUGAAACCAAGAAAUCAGAAAUGUCCAUUAAUAAUUAAAGUCUAUGAUUGCCAUCAA